ACCUUUCUUUCCACUCCACAGAGCUAGCCAGCUAUUUCGAGAAGCGGGUCCAGACGUAAGGGUAGUUGCCACUAGACAUCUUCCCUUCAAUCGCUGCUGAGAAUGCUGCGCUUCCCUGAAAUGCAGACCUCGCCCAGUUCGUAAAGGUCCGACCGAGUCUCCUACAUUGCAAAAGCAGCGGCAAUGUCAAGUGCAGCGGUGAGGUGAUCAGGAUGAAUCUGGAAAAACUCAGCAAACCAGAACUACUAACUCUAUUCAGCAUCCUUGAAGGGGAACUCGAAGCAAGAGAUCUUGUCAUCGAAGCCUUAAAGGCCCAGCACAGAGACACUUUCAUUGAAGAACGCUAUGGGAAAUACAACAUCAGUGACCCACUAAUGGCUCUGCAGAGAGAUUUUGAGUCACUGAAGGAGGGAAAUCAUGGCGAAAAGCAGCCUGUCUGCUCCAACCCCUUGUCUAUCCUGAAAGUAGUGAUGAAGCACUGCAAGAACAUGCAGGAAAGAAUGCUGUCCCAGUUAGCUGCUGCAGAAAGCCGGCACAGAAAGGUGAUCCUGGACCUGGAGGAGGAGCGGCAGCGGCACGCCCAAGACACGGCCGAAGGAGAUGAUGUCACCUACAUGCUGGAGAAGGAGAGGGAGCGGCUCACUCAGCAGUUGGAGUUUGAAAAAUCCCAAGGGAAGAAGUUGGAGAAAGAGCAGAAGAAGCUGGCAAGCCAGUUGGAGGAGGAGAGGGCACGCCACAAGCAGCUGUCCUCCAUGCUGGUCCUGGAGUGCAAGAAAGCUACAGCCAAAGCAGCAGAAGAAGCGCAGAAGGCAGGAGAGCUAAGCCUGAAACUGGAGAAGGAGAGGAGCAGAGUGAGCCGGCUGGAGGAAGAGCUGGCCUCCAAGAAGAAGUGGGGCUUGCAGAUGGAGGCACAGGUGGAGAAGCAGCUCUCAGAGUUCGACAUCGAGAGAGAGCAGCUGAAAGCCAAGCUGAACCGGGAGGAGAACCGGACCAGGGCCCUCAAGGAAGAAGUGGAAAACCUGAAGAAAGCCUUGAAGGAACUGGAGACUUCUCGCAGGGACAGCAGCCCUGCUGACUGCUCGCAGCCAAGCCCCUCCACGGUGACCAGAGCUGUUGAAACCGAGAGCAGGUCGGUGAGGUCUGUGUCUUGCCAGACAGACGGUGCUGAAGCAGACAAAGCCAACGUGGGCAGCGCAGGCAAAGCCUCGCCCAUGGUGCUGCCCAGCCCCAUCACACCUCCCUCGUCCUAUGCAAAAGCAAACGGGCACUGCGAUGCAGACAUGCAAGCAGGUAGUGACCUACCGCAGGCCAGCGGGAAGGAGACCCAGAAACUCGCUGGGCCGGCCCCCGACAGCGCGGCUGAGAACGGAAGCUCCCCAGUGCGAACGGAGUCUCCGGUCCAUAUGACUGCACAGCUCCCUUCGUCUGGGGCGUCCGUGUCCCCCAGCAGCACCGCAGCCUCCUCCCUGACGUCCUCCCCAUGCUCCUCUCCGGUUCUCUCUAAACGCCUGGUGGGAGCUUCAGCGAGCAGUCCCGGCUAUCAGUCAUCCUACCAGGUGGGAAUCAACCAGCGUUUCCACGCCGCUCGCCAUAAAUUCCAGUCUCAAGCGGAUCAGGACCAACAGUCCAGCGGGCUGCAGAGUCCUCCCUCAAGGGAUUUGUCUCCGACCCUUGCAGAUAACUCCGCUGCCAAGCAGUUAGCCCGCAAUACCGUCACUCAGGUCCUUUCCCGAUUCACCAGUCAGCAGGGGACUAUAAAACCAGUCUCCCCCAACAGCUCGCCCUUUGGCACAGACUACCGAAAUCUGGCAAAUGCUGUGAGCCCCAAAAGUGAGUCUGGCCAUUCCCCAAACCCGGGCAAGGUCUCCAGCCCGCUGAGCCCGUUGUCUCCUGGAAUAAAGUCGCCAACCAUCCCCAGAGCAGAAAGAGGGAACCCCCCACCUAUUCCUCCAAAGAAGCCUGGCCUGGCUCAGUCCCCGGCCACUCCUGCUCCGCUAACCAAAACCCUUUCCCAGGCGUCUUCUCUGGGCACCCCCAUGGACUUAGCGGGCAGCUGCUCUAACAACGCUGUCGUAGCAAACGGUAAAGACAUUGAGAUACUGCUGCCAACUAGCAGCUAGUGUCCAGAAGGCGUCAAGGCGACAUUCCAAGGCUCGGCAUCCUGGAGCUGAGACGCGCUCUCCCCACUUCGUGUUAUUUAUUUGGAUAGUAGCAGCCUCUGUCCGUGUCGUGCAUUUAAUAGGGUCCCCCUUUUUUUUUCUUUUUUUUUUUUUUUCUUCAAAGUAGGUAGGAAAGGAUUUUUGCAUUGCUGUAUUAACAGGAACUAGAGCUAGAAGGUAGCCUCAAAAGGGGUCUCGUGGCAGGAGUCAGGUCAACUGAGGAGGCAAGAAUCUCAACCCCGUGCUGGGCGCCGGCGAGCAACUGUCGUGGGACUGAAAGGCUCAUUUUAAAUUAUGCAGAAAUGACUUCACAGACUUUUGCUCCAGAUGAACAUUGUAUAAAAAGUGCCUGAACAAAGCCUACAGUAUGAAUGUGGUUCUCUGCAACAAAAAAAAAAACCCAACACAGAACAGGAGGGAGGAGGGGCAGGAAGACCAUCCAACUGCAGCGAUGAGUUCUAUGAAUCCUGAAUGUCUAAAACAACACUGAAACCAACUGUUCGUAGAACAAGUCAGUAAGCCAAGUGCUACACGGUGACUCCUGAAAGGUGACUGCCGACUGGCCCAGACGGCCAGGUUUGGCCCUGCGAGACCACCGCUCCUGUUGACGUCUCUGGAGGCGCACAGGAGCUACUUAACGGAGAAUUUGGUCCUGGUCCAGGCCAGAGAUCUUCCUUUCCUAGCUGGAGUUGUCCAAGUCCGGUGGGCGUAUUAAAUAGUCAGGGUGCCAGUUUUCCUUCAGCUUAAUAACUCCAUCCAAAGAUGUCUCGGUGUGCGAUAGAUGGCUUCCCGGCCUGUCACCUUCAGCGUUAAAAUUCCUCACGCGUUCUGCUGUUGUGUGUACAACUUCUGAGACCAGGAUCGUGCUAUUACUUGAUAAGGAUCUUGCUAUUACUUGAAAAGUGAAAUCUCUACCCCAUUCCAAACAGGUUUUGCAACGGAAAGAUGGGAUCUGUACGAUGAUCAAAAGCAAUAAGUUAAGUUGCUCACUUUGUAAGCAUGCUACGCGGCAGACUGACAGAUUUUUCUGACUAACCGGGUUUGCAAUAGAGCCUGCUAGCCUUCACUGGCUGCAACCGUGGAACCAAAUUGUUAACUCUUUCAUAGAUAGAUAUGCAUAUAUAUGUAUAGGUAGGUGCCCACGUGUACAUGUUAACACAUAAUACUUAUAUAUAAACCUUAGUCGGGUAUUAUUGAGGUUCUCCUUGCUUCGUAAAGGAAAGGUGGAAAUGCCUCGGGACUGUAACACAAGAGAGCAGUUACUUAAAACCCAAUACUCUGCCCAUGCUUUAGGGGCAGACCUCCUGCAGGAAAGCGCUCCAGCAUGUUGAACCGACCAGUAGUGAUGGCUGAAGUAGCUUACAAGAGAUUACAGUGCAGUUAUAACGGUUGAGUUGGGCAUUUAAGUAAACGGGUAGACUCCGGUCCGUGCUGCUAGCUCGUUGCAGAGGACGGCGCAGGUUCAGGUGCUGCAGCGGUACAGGCCAAACGUAAGGCGGGUGGAGAUCAGUGGGGCAGAUUGGAGAUGAGGAGCAAGCCUCGCAAGGGCAGAGCAGGAGGCAAGAACUGCACAAAGGUGAGAAAUCGAUGUUGCUGCCCAAUGCUGGGCCGUGUUUUACAGUCUGCAGCAGCAGCCCGGUGCCUGGAGAUCAGCCCCACAGAGCCCCUGGGGCCACUCUCUCCUGUCGGCACUUAUCAUUUGGGUAGAGUCGAAACACUUGCUACCUUGCUAUAGGAAAUAUCCCCCCCGAAGUGCGUGGGAGGCGCUACUGUCCAUGACCUAAGAGGUCACUCCAAGCUCUGAAUCGUGGGUUGUAGGACUUGAGAGCUCCUGAGCUGCUCUGGAGGAGCCAGAGUCGUACCAACCCUUCUCCUGACCCUACAGAUGUGUCGGGCCUCUGGUGUAAUCCAGUAGAAACCGGCAUCGAUCGACUGAAGUUAGGGAUUUAUGCACUGUUGCUCCUAACUCACUGUAAUAGUAGAAUAAUACUAGGCUAGAGGGGAGCGACUCUUUGGAAAGCACAUCUAGAAUUUGAUGUGUCCCCAGCCCAUUUUUUCUCCUGGUUAAGGGGAAGAGCUGAGAACUGAUGGGGGAACGGAGCUGCCGUAUCACUUCUAACUCAAACCUGAGGGUGGAACAGCUGCUCCACCCUGUUUCCUUGCUUUUACUCCAAGUGGUAUUAUCCCCUUUCUUUAUGACGUGGCUCUGUAGAGAUAUAUACUCUAAUUAAGUUUAUUUCUUAGGAAAUGCACUGAAUAAUGUAUUUCUUCUAUAAUAUAGGAAGGGGGGGGUGCAAAAGAAUAUGUAUUUUUGCUAGUAGCCUAUCUUCUGAGAUUAAACUAAGCACAAAUAUUAAAAUGGAUCCAGCUAAUCCAAUAACAGUUAGAAUUAGUAUUUGAACUUUCGACGUAGAUUCUGUGUGUGGAAGCAACUAAGUUUUUCUGUGAUUCGCAUCUUAGCCAUAUGCAGGUAUUGUUGCGGAGUUUUUUUGUCAGCCGCCGGUGGGGCAUCAUGAAGUGCAAAAGAUGUACACUGGUAUUAAUUGUUAACAUUUGUAAAUUUGUAAAGCCAAAUGUACCAAGCGGAUGUCGCGAAUCACUUUUCCAACUGAUGGCAUUAAAUGUGGUAAGCAUUCAUACUAUCAAUAAAGGAUUUUAUUUUUAAGAUGUGA